AGCUAUUCACCAGUCCGGGAACUGGAGAGCUUCAGUUGGGUUUGUGUCGUUGUGAUCGCCAUGUCGCUCUCUAGGUGCUUCACCACCGCUCUCCGGUCCCGCCGUGCCUUGGAGAGGACUCUUCUGCCUGCUGCCUCUGCUGUUACAGGCUUCAACAAGGUUGCAGAAGAUGAAGCCAGAGGAAAACUAUACUAUGCUCCUACUGCUCAGUCGCAGGUGGGCCACGUGCGUCACUACAGCAAGCGGGCCAGCGUGCGCAAACACCAAGAGUCCGACUCCGAUUCGUCCGACUCCGACCGCGAGUCCGGGAAGGGGAAGCGGGCCACGAGGGGCCAGACAGCAUUCUGGAGACAGAAAAUGCGCACACAUCAUCAGGUGAUUGACCUCAACAAGGACGGCGUUGUGUCUUGGGAUGACUUCGAAGUCCUCAUUGCUAGGUUCACCGAGCUUGGACACCUGUCACCUAAAGAAAUUAACAAAUUCACAGAUGCAUUACGGCACGUUUGGGAAGAAGAGUGGGGUGCCUCAGGAGACCCGUACGUCUUCAUCGGACAAGAGCAGUUCCUGGCGCAAAUGGAACAUGUUGUCAACACGAAGUCACUGAGAAAGAGAGUUGCUAGCCCUCUGCCCUAUUUCUUUAGCGCCGUAGACCGUGAUGGAAGCGGGGAAAUCUCCAUUGAAGAAUUCAAAGUCUUUUAUUCAUGCUUAGGAUUAUCAGAACAAGCUGCUGAAGAAUCCUUUGCUUCUAUUGACCUUAAUAAGGAUGGGAAGCUCAGCAAGAAGGAGUUUAUAAAAUUGGGACGAAAUUUCUUCCUGUCCGAGAAAGAACACAAACCUGGCAAGCUUUUCUGGGGUCCUUUGGUUUAAGGAGCGCCUGUAGACAAUUUUGCGGACUUGUGAAGAAAAUGUUUAAUUAUGUGAGCAUGACUGACAGAAAUCAGAUAAGGUCAUAUGAAAUAGGGUCCUGUGUUUAAUGUGUCCCUUUUGGCAGUAUUUGAGAUUUGUUAAAAUGUGAGUAAUGCAAAUAUGACAGAAAUUAGAUGAAUUCAAGUGAUGAAACUGCAUCCAAAUAUUUGCAACAGUGAAUUUUAAUAUUUUUAUAUGUAUUGUAUAAAAUUAAAUUGCCAUUAAUUGUUAAAUAGCAAAAAUAUAUUUUAUUAUGUAGUGUAAAAUGUGAUAUCAUCUUUUGCAUUUCUUUUCAGUAUAUUUUUUUCUAUAUUUUUUUAGAAUUUACAGAUUUUGCUGAAAAUUAAUAACCUAGAUUGAUUUUACAGUAGCACUGAGAAAAAAGCAACUCUUACUUACCAUUGCAUACUGAAUAAAUUUUACAUUGUAUCCUGUAUUAGUUCUUUUUGGUGUGGGCAUGUAGAUAGCUUUGUGAAGAUUUGAACUAAAAAGAGAUGUCUUUUAGGUCUGCUUUUUUGUUUUUCAACUCAUGAUAACACUUAUCCUCUAUACCUGUAUGAUGUAUGUAGCAUUAGAGGAUGAAAUUUCUUUCCAUUGAUUCUUUUUAUUUACAAAUGUUUACAUCAAAAAAUGAAUUAUUCAUUUUAUUAAAGAAUAUUUACUCUACAUUAGAAGUUUUUUUUUUAAUCUAGUUUUUCCAAGAUAUUAUUGAAAAUCAUACACUUUAUCAACUCAUGAUAACACUUAUCCCACAUUAACUGUAUAGUUUAUGCAUUUUGUGAGGAUGAAAAUCAUUGUCAUUAAAGGCAUCACAAAAUGAUAUUGUUUAUUUACAUACCUUUUCAUCCAGAUUUAUGGAAUAUUAAAAAAAAAUUAUUGUUUUUUAAUGUCGUUGUCACCUAACAGGUAGGAUAACAUAAAUAUUUCAUACUUCAUAUAAUUUCACUGAUACUUUCAUGGAACUUUAAAACUAAACAUUCACAUGAAGGAGUACAUUUUUUGAUAAUAUAAAAUGUAAUGUACCUUUUCCCAAUGGCAUAAAGAAAUGGUACAAUUAAAUGAUGGACCUAAAUAGAGUUAAAAAUUAGAUAUUGUACUAUACAUUCCCUGCUGAUCACAAAGAUUAGUAAAAAUGGUUAUUUAACCCCUUGGUGACAAUGGUGGCUAUGACCUUCAUGAUGUAACAGCCUAUGAUGUUGUGUAAAUGCUUCAUGACUCACAGCAGGUAGGCCUGCUGUAUACAGCUUAGGCCCAGCCACAAAGUCUAGACUUGCAAAAUUUUACAUCACAAAGAAAUCAGUCCCCAUCACCAUAGGGUUUAGAAAGUAACUUCAGGCCAAAGUCCUCACUUGUCUUGAUGUGAUUACUACUUUGAAGCCAACCUUUAAAAAAAUACUGAGAAAAUUACCUUCCUUGUAGGAAAACAUGAAAGAAUACCAAGGUCCUAAACAACAGCUAUCAGGAAAUAUAUAGCUCCUAAAUUUAUGAUAAGGGCUUCUGGUAAAUAUACAUUUUGAUAAAAUGCCUCUAUAGGGGAUUAUAAGUUAGUGAAUCUUCUCAAAGUAUUAAUCAGACUUUGAUCUGGAAAUAUUUCUGCUGCAAAAGAAAUGUAAAGUCUGAAAGCUACUUUAUUGUCAGCCGUUUUCUUGUAAACACCUGAUUUUAUAUUUAAAAACUUCUCUGAAAUAUUCAAGCUACAUAUAUAUUGAAUAAAUCCAACAGGUCA